AUGAUAGGGGUGAGUGAAGGGCUGGUGUUCGCUGAGCAGGCGGGGUUGGAUGUGAAGCAGUUUGUGGAAGCUGUGAGGGGCGGGGCAGGAGGGUCGAUGGCAAUGGAGUUGUUCGGGGGGAGGAUGAUAGAGAGGGACUUCAGGCCUGGUGGGUAUGCUGAGUACAUGGUGAAGGAUCUGGCCAUGUGUGUGGACGUUGUGGAAGAAGGGGAAGAUGUGGAGAGGAUUGCAGUGCUGCCAGGGGCUGCAUUGGCCAUGCAAUUGUUCUCUGCAAUGGUGGCUAAUGGAGAUGGAAAGAUUGGCUCUCAAGGGAUAAUCUCUGUUAUUCAGAGGCUUAAUGGUAAGUGA